CCAAGUGAGUGGUAGUAUUCUUAGGGCUUAGUUUAGCCUUAGUUGUGUCCUUCAUCUUCCACGACUGUACAAACCAAAUUACAGAGCAGAGAGGGCAGAGAGUGGAGAAGCUCAAGCUAAACUCAUCGAAAAUGGAAGGAGCCGUGGACGAAGGAGCGAUUGACAGAAUGGUCGAUGAUAGAGACCUUCAACAACAGAGUAAAGCCUUCGACAAACUCACUGACCGAGUUGAAGAUCGUCAACUCGACUCAACUCGUGUUCAAGAGGCUAUGGCGUCCAUAGCUGCCUCUGCUGAUGCAGAUUGGAAUGCCAUGAAGAUGAGAGAGAAAGAAUUGGCUGCUGUUAAGAUCAAUGCAGCUGAUGUGGACAUAAUUGCAAGUGAACUAGAGAUGGACAAAAAGGUCGCUGAGAGAACCUUAAGGGAGCACAAAGGUGAUGCUGUUGCUGCUAUUAGACACUUACUCCAUUAGAAGAAAAAACAUGGUUGCUUUCAGCUAAUUACAAUUAAAAAAAAUGAUCACAUCCUAUUGUUUUUAUCUAAAGAUUGUACGAGUUUUGUUUCAUCGAACUUUGCAUGUGUUAUUAACUCAAGACAUCUUUUUGUUCUGAUGAAUGUGUAUCUAUAAAUAUAGGGGUUAUCUUCAUGUAGUUAA